AUGACCACGAACCGAACGCGUACCUCUUCUUGGACGGGAGCAAUGAGCAGCGGCCGCGGCAUGGGCUCCGGCUCCGGCUCCGGCGCCUCCCGCUCUUUCCACCCCCAGAACCUGUCCAAGCUCAUGCUGCCGCCCCUCGGCAGUAGCCUCACCCAGUUCACUUCCGGCGACAAAUGGGUCGUCUCGCCCCUCGAGUCCAGAUACAGGUGGUGGGAGACUUUCAUGGUGAUCCUGACGGCGUACUCGGCGUGGGUGUACCCGUUCGAGGUGGCCUUCAUGGACGGCUCGCCCAAGCGGGGCCUGGAGGUGGCCGACAUGGUCGUCGACAUCUUCUUCACGGUCGACAUCGUCCUCACCUUCUUCGUCGCCUACAUCGACUCCAGGACGCAGCUCCUCGUCCGCGACAGGAGGAGGAUAGCCUUCAGGUAUCUGUCGACGUUUUUCAUCAUGGACGUGGCGUCGACAAUUCCGUUCCAAGGCCUGUCCUACCUCGUCCACGGCAAGGCAAGGGAAGGCUUGUUGUACAGCCUGCUCGUCCUGCUCCGGCUCUGGCGUCUCAGGAAGUUCCAACUGUUCUUCCCAAGGCUAGAGAAGGACAUCAGGUUCAGCUACUUCUGGAUACGCUGCGCACGGCUCAUCGCGGUUACUCUGUUCCUGGUGCACGGCGCCGGGUGCCUCUACUACCUGCUGGCGGACCGGUACCCGGACAGGGACAAGACGUGGAUCGGCGCGGCGACCCCCAACUUCCGGCAGGAGAGCCUGUGGAUCCGCUACAUCACCACCAUGAGCACCGUCGGCCAGGGUGACCUACACGCCCAGAACAAGCUCGAGAUGAUGUUCAACAUCUUCUACAUGCUCUUCAACCUCGGCCUCGCCGCCUACCUCAGCGGCAACAUGACCAACCUGGCCCUCCAGGGCACACGCCGCACCAUGGAGUUCAGGAACAGCAUUUGCGCCGCGUCCGACUUCGUGUGCCGGAACCGCCUGCCGCCGCGGCUGCAGCAGCAGAUCCUGGCCUACAUGUGCCUCAAGUUCAGGGCGGAGAGCCUGAACCAGCAGCAGCUCAUGGACCAGCUGCCCAAGUCAAUCUGCCAGAGCAUCUGCGAGCACCUCUUCCUCCCCGUCGUCAAGGAGGUGUACCUCUUCAAGGGGAUCUCCAGAGAUGCGCAGCUGCUCCUGGUCACCCAGACCAAGCCGGAGUACAUACCGCCCAAGGAGGACGUGAUCGUGCAGAACGAGGCGGCGGACGACGUGUACAUCAUCGUGUCCGGCGAGGUGGAGAUCAUAUACUUCAACGGCGAGCGGGAGGAGGUGGUGGGAAAGCUGGGGACCAUGGACAUCUUGGGCGAGGUGAGCGCGCUGAGCGACCGCCCGCAGACCUUCACGUUCCGGACCAGGACGCUGAGCCAGCUGCUGAGGCUGAAGCAGGCCACGCUCAGGGAGGUCAUGGAGAGCAAGCCCGACGACAGAGCCCUCAUCUUCAGGAACUUGCUCAAGCAUCAGAUCGAGGUGCAUGACAUGAAGGACCUGCUGGGCGAGAGCGAGAGCACCGGAGCGGGCGGCAGCGGCAACAUCGUCCCGUGCAAUCUGCUGACGGUCGCCGCCACGGGGAACGCUGGCUUCCUUGAGGACCUCCUCAAGGUCGGGAUGGACCCUGACGUCGGUGACUCCAAGGGAAGAACCGCGCUGCACAUCGCCGCGUCAAAGGGGUACGAGGACUGCGUGCAGGCUCUACUCAGCCACGGCUGCAACGUCAACAUCAAAGACGCGCAGGGCAACACGGCGCUGUGGCAGGCUGUCGCGGCGCGGCACCACAAGGUGUUCAGCAGCCUGUACCACGUCGCGCGGGACUCGAACCGGCGCGCCGGCGGCGACCUCCUGUGCCACGCCACGCGGCGCGGGGACCUCGACACUCUCCGCGAGCUGCUCAAGCACGGCCUGGACGUCGACUCCGAGGACAAUGACGGCUCCACCGCGCUGCGCGUCGCGCUGUCCGAGGGCCAGGCCGACCUGGCCAGGUUCCUUGUCAUGAACGGGGCCAGCCUCGACGACGACGGCUACACCCAGCGCCAGACGACGGUGCCGGUGGCCAAGCUGCGCGAGCUCGUGGAGAGGCGGGAGGUCGGCCACCCGAUAACGGUAUACGACUCGCCGAGGGCGGACACCGUCACGGUGGUCGGCUCGUCGUCCGAGGAGCUUCGUCGGGGAAGGUUCCCCGGCACCACGAGCAAGAAACCGGACAGAGCGCACUGGCCCCGGGUGAGCAUCUACAAGGGCCAUCCGUUGGUCAGAAACCACAGCUCCGAAGCCGGCAAGCUCAUAAAUCUGCCCGCCACGACCACGAUGGAGGAGCUCAAAACCAUCAUUGGGGAGAAACUGAAAGUCGGCGCGGAGAAGGCGCUGGUCAUGAACGACGAAGGACUGGAGAUCGACUCGGUGGACGUGAUCCGCGACAAAGACAAGCUGUUCAUUGUCACCGAAGAGCACAUGAGAAUGUUGGCGUCAAUAUAA